CAACUUUUCUUGAUUUACGACCACAUCACCACCCCCACCACCUUCGUUCCCUCCCUGCUUUCCUAACCCCUACCCACCUCUCCCCCUCGACCAUUGCAGUCUCUCCUCUCAUUUCCCAUUCUCGUUAAAGAUAUCACACAAGUCUCUCUCUCUCUUUCGCUCUCGUUCUCCUUUCUCUGACGUUAGCGUUUCGUGUUUGAAUGAUCGAUACGUGUAUCGGGCUUGAAUUAUGGGGACUCCGGUCAACAUCAUCGUCGGGUCUCACGUGUGGGUGGAGGAUCCCCAGGCCGCUUGGAUCGAUGGAGAGGUCACGGCGAUCAAAGGCGGCGACGCCACCAUUACCACCGCUGAUGGGAAAACUGAUGUGGCUAGUCUGUCGAGCAUAUACCCCAAAGACACAGAGGCUCCUCCAGCUGGGGUGGAUGAUAUGACCAAGUUAGCUUACCUCCAUGAACCAGGAGUGCUUCACAACCUUGCGUCCCGCUAUGCUCUGAAUGAGAUAUAUACAUACACUGGAAAUAUAUUGAUAGCUGUGAACCCAUUUCGGAGGCUUCCACAUCUGUAUGAUGUCCACAUGAUGGAACAGUACAAGGGAGCUGCCUUCGGUGAGCUAAGUCCGCAUCUUUUCGCCAUCGCAGAUGCUUGCUACAGGGCAAUCAUAAAUGACCAGGGAAGCCAGUCAAUCUUGGUUAGUGGCGAGAGUGGAGCUGGUAAAACAGAGACCACAAAGAUGCUCAUGAGAUAUUUGGCUUUCAUGGGUGGGAGAUCAUGUACGGAGGGCCGAACAGUAGAGCAACAGGUCCUGGAGUCUAAUCCAGUGCUUGAGGCAUUUGGGAAUGCCAAGACAGUAAAAAACAACAACUCAAGUCGGUUCGGUAAGUUUGUCGAGAUCCAAUUUGAUAAGUAUGGGAAGAUUUCUGGAGCUGCAGUCCGUACAUAUAUUCUUGAGCGCUCCCGAGUUUGUCAAGUAUCUGACCCGGAAAGGAACUACCAUUGUUUUUAUAUGCUGUGUGCUGCACCACCAGAGGAUGUGAAAAAGUUCAAGGUGGCUGAUCCAAGAACAUUCCAUUACCUAAACCAAACAAACUGUUAUGAAGUAGCAAAUGUGGAUGACGCAAGGGAGUACCUGGAGACCAGAAAUGCUAUGGAUGUUGUUGGAAUCAGUCAGGAAGACCAGGAAGCUAUCUUUCGUGUAGUAGCUGCAAUUCUUCACCUGGGGAACAUAAAUUUUGACAAAGGGAAAGAAACUGAUUCCUCGAAGUUGAAAGAUGAGAAAUCAGUCUACCAUCUUGAAACAGCUGCAGAGUUGCUAAUGUGUGAUGGUAAAUCACUCGAGGAUUCUCUUUGUAAGCGUGUGAUUGUUACACCAGAUGGCAACAUCACAAAGCCUCUUGAUCCAGAGUCCGCUGCACUAAGCCGUGAUGCCUUAGCAAAGACAGUAUACUCGAGGUUAUUUGACUGGAUAGUGGACAAGAUCAAUAGUUCAAUUGGCCAGGAUCAAUCUGCAAAGAACAUUAUUGGAGUGCUUGAUAUAUAUGGUUUUGAAAGCUUCAAGAUUAACAGUUUUGAGCAACUAUGUAUCAACUUAACAAAUGAGAAAUUGCAACAGCAUUUCAAUCAACAUGUAUUCAAGAUGGAGCAAGAAGAAUAUACAAGGGAAGAAAUUAAUUGGAGUUAUGUAGAAUUUGUGGAUAACCAAGAUGUCCUAGAUCUCAUAGAAAAGAAACCUGGAGGAAUAAUUGCGCUACUUGAUGAAGCAUGCAUGUUUCCAAAAUCGACUCAUGAAACAUUUGCUCAGAAGAUGUACCAAACAUACAAAAAUCACAAACGUUUUAGCAAGCCAAAACUUGCUCGCACUGCAUUCACCAUCAACCAUUAUGCUGGAGAUGUUGCUUACCAAGCUGAUCAAUUCCUUGACAAGAACAAAGACUAUGUCGUUGCAGAACAUCAAGCUCUAUUAAAUGCUUCAAAGUGUCCCUUUGUGGCAAAUCUCUUUCUGCCAUUAGCUGAGGAAACUUCAAAACAGUCCAAGUUCUCCUCAAUAGGUACUCGUUUCAAGCAACAACUUCAAUCACUAAUGGAAACUUUGAGCACAACAGAGCCACAUUACAUCAGAUGUGUGAAGCCCAACUCAGUCUUAAAACCAGGCAUCUUUGAAAACGUCAAUGUACUCAACCAAUUGAGAUGUGGGGGUGUGUUAGAGGCAAUCAGGAUCAGCUGUGCCGGCUAUCCAACAAAGAGGACAUUUGAUGAAUUCGUUGAUCGUUUUGGAAUUCUUGAACCAGAUCUUAUAGAUGGAUCAUGCAGCUCCGACGAAAAAACAGCAUGUGCAGCUAUAUGUGACAGGAUGGGCUUGCAAGGCUAUCAGAUUGGAAAGACAAAGGUGUUCCUCAGAGCUGGUCAGAUGGCUGAGUUAGAUGCCAGACGAAUGGAAGUCUUGGCUAAUGCAGCAAGACUUAUCCAGAGGCUAAUACGUACAUAUCUUGCUCGAAGAGAAUUCCUCAUACUUCGCAAAACCUCAAUUCAAAUGCAAAAGAUGUGGAGAGCACGUCUUGCACGAAAGCUAUAUGAAAGCAUGAGGAGAGAACAUGCCUCAAUCCGCAUACAGAAAUAUGCGCGUUCUUAUGCGGCUAGAAAAUCUUAUACAAACCUAAGGUCAUCUGCAAUAGUUAUACAAACAGGACUUCGAGCUAUGGCUGCUUGUAAUGACUACAGACAUAAAAGGAGAACCAGGGCUGCUAUUAUCAUACAAACGCAAUGGCGUCUAUAUAAAGCUCUUUCUGCCUACAAACAGCAAAAGAAGGCAACUUUGACACUUCAGUGCCUCUGGAGAGGACGUAUUGGGAGAAAGGAACUUCGAAAGUUAAGAAUGGCUGCAAGAGAGACGGGAGCACUCAAAGAGGCCAAGGACAAGCUAGAAAAGAAAGUCGAAGAACUCACUUGGAGAUUAGAAGUUGAAAAACAUAUGAGGAUUGACCUAGAAGAAGCCAAACAGCAAGAGAUUGCAAAGUUACAAACUGCAUUACAAGAAAUGCAGGAGAAGCUUGAUGAAGCCCAUGAAGCAAUCAUCAGAGAAAAAGAGGUUGCUAGAGUAGCAAUUGAACAAGCACCACCAGUCAUUAAAGAGGUUCCGGUAACAGACAACACCAAGCUAGACUUGUUGACAAGUCGCAAUAAAGAACUAGAGGAUGAAUUAAGUAUAUUCAAGACUAAGGCUGAGGAAUUCGAGGGAAGAUAUACUGAGGUCCAACAACAGGUGGAAGAACUACUAAAAGACACAGAGGAGUCCAACUCAAAACUAAAUCAACUGCAAGAGAUGAUAGAGAGACUUGAAACAAAUUUGUCUGGCCUAGAAUCUGAAAACAAGGUUCUAAGGCAGCAAGCUUUAAUUGCUUCAACAAAUGAAGACUUCUCAGAACAAAUUAAAAGCCUUGAAAACAAGAUCAGCACAUUGGAGUCAGAGAAUCGGUUGCUCCGUGAUCAGCCUGUGGUAGUUUAUCAACCAUCAGUCACUUCUGAACUAAUUAAACCACAGCCAAUCAAGAACCUUGAGAAUGGACAUACAGAUGGAGAACCUAAUUUAAGCAAAAAGGAACCAGAAGCCACACCCCUUGCACCAGAUUUAAGCAAACAGAAGUCUCUAACUGAUCGACGACAAGAAAAUCAUGAUGCACUUGUCAAAUGUCUCAUGGAAUAUAAGAGGUUUGACAAGAAGAGACCUGCAGCAGCAUGUAUUGUCUAUCAAUCAUUGCUUCAAUGGCACUCAUUUGAAGCAGAGAAGACAAACAUUUUCGAUCGGAUCAUUCAAACAAUCAGGUCGUCCAUUGAGAACCAGGAGAAUGUUGGUGAACUUGCAUAUUGGCUUUCAACAACAUCUACCCUUCUAUUUCUUUUACAAAGGACUCUUAAAGCAAGCAAUGCAUCAAAUACAGGAUCACACCGCAGUCGAGCAACAGCAGUCACAUUGUUCAGUAGAUUGGCAUGGAGUACCCGUUCAUCUUCAUCUGGAAUGGGCAUUUCGAGUGGCUACAGUGGAAUGGUAGGCAAGUCUGAAGACCAAUCCAGGAUGGAAGCUAAGUAUCCAGCGAUACUUUUUAAGCAACAACUAACAGCCUAUGUUGAGAAAAUUUAUGGAAUGAUACGAGACAGUCUGAAAAAAGAGAUCAGUCCAUUCUUAACUUUGUGCAUACAGGCGCCAAGGUCUGCCAGAGCUAGAUCAAUUCGAGGAUCAUCUAAGAGCAUUCUUUCCGGUAUUGUAGCAAAGCAAGCAUCAAGCAUUCACUGGCAAAGCAUUGUCAAAAGUAUGGAUUGUUCAUUGAAUACAUUCUGUGAAAACUAUGUGCCUUCUAUGAUAAUAAGGAAGACUUUCAGCCAAGUGUUUGCAUUCAUCAAUGUACAAUUAUUUAAUAGCUUGCUACUCCGCCGAGAAUGCUGUUCAUUUAGCAAUGCAGAAUUUGUCAAGGCUGGCUUGCAGGAGUUGGAACAAUGGUGCUCCAAAACAACAGACCAGUUUGCUGGGACCUCAUGGGAUGAGCUCCAACAUAUAAGACAGGCAGUCGGAUUCUUGGUUUUGCACCAGAAACCCAACAAAUCCUUGGUGGAGAUCACGAAUGAGAUCUGCCCGGUAUUGAGUGUUCCUCAAAUCUAUCGGAUUGGAACUAUGUUUUGGGAUGACAAGUACGGUACACAUGGUGUAUCUCAGGAUGUCAUUGCCAACAUGAGAACUAUGAUGACCGACGACUCCAUCACCAUGCCAAACAAUUCCUUCUUGUUGGAUGAUGACUCGAGCAUACCAUUCUCUCUGGACGACAUAUCGCGAUCAGGGCUCGACAUCAGCCUCACCGACUUGGAGGAGCCGCCGCCGCCGCUUCUCCGGGAGAACCCUGAGUUCCUCUUCCUGUUGCAGCAGCACCAAGGUUGA